AUGCCAAAUGAUAUAAAAAGAAAAAAUAUGCAUUUGGUAAGUUUUUUCUUAAAAUUUUCAUUAAAUAAACAGGAACCUUUAUCUCCGAGUCCUGUAAUUGAUAUCAGCGAUGAUGAAUUGGUAUCCAUUUCUGUUAGAGACUUGAACAGACAAUUAAAAUUGAGAGGAUUAACACGGGAAGAAAUCGUGAGAAUGAAACAAAGGAGAAGAACACUUAAAAAUAGAGGAUAUGCUGCAAGUUGUAGGAUAAAAAGAAUUGAACAAAAAGACGAAUUAGAAAGUGAAAAAUGUCAAGAAUACAGAGAUAUGGAAGCGAUGCAAGAAGCGAAUCAAAGAAUGAGAGAAGAAGUUGAUUCGCUUCUUGUUAAAUAUGAAGCAUUAAAAAAAUUUGCUGUCGCUAAUAAAAUUCAUAUCCCUCCAGAAUUAGAAACAGUUCAUUAA